CCUAUUGGAAGACUGUCUGACAAAAUGUCUAAAAUCACAGUCGCCGGAGUCCGCGCCAACGUCAAGGAGCUCCUUGAGUACUCCAACAAUGAGAAGAAGCGCAACUUCCUCGAGACCGUCGAGCUUCAGAUCGGCUUGAAGAACUACGACCCGCAGCGUGACAAGCGUUUCAGCGGCACCGUCCAGCUGCCUCGCGUUCCCCGCCCGGGCAUGGCUGUUUGUAUCCUGGGUGACCAGCAUGACAUCGAUCGUGCGAAGCAUCUCGGCGUCGACGCCAUGUCCGCGGAUGACUUGAAGAAGCUGAACAAGAACAAGAAGCUGAUCAAGAAGCUUGCUCGCAAGUACGAUGCCUUCGUCUCGUCCGACACUCUCCUCCGUCAAAUCCCUCGUCUUCUCGGCCCCGGUCUCUCCAAGGCCGGCAAGUUCCCGGUCCCCGUUUCCCACAACGAUGACCUGGCUGGCAAGCUCAACGAGGUCAAGUCGACCAUCAAGUUCCAGCUGAAGAAGGUGCUAUGCAUGGGUGUGGCGGUCGGCAACGUCGGCAUGACCGAGGACGACCUGAUCGGCAACAUCAUGUUGGCCAUCAACUACUUGGUGUCGCUGCUGAAGAAGGGAUGGCAGAACGUGGGCUCAUUGACCAUCAAGGCCACCAUGAGCCCGCCCAAGCGACUGUACUAGACGGUUUACACUCUUUACAGGGAGUUCGAAAUGACACUCUGUGGGAUGUAGUCGAGAUAGUUUAGUAGACGUGGAAUCACAAAGGAUUGAAUUCCGUCUGACCCAACCCUCAUCUUAUCUCCGUAGCCGAGUUACUUUGGACCAGGAAUCACAAUGGAUUGAAUUCCGCCUGAUCCGACACGUGCUAAUCUCUCAUCUCCGUAUUUUGUCCCAUGCUCAGUUUAGUGGACGAGGAAUCAAAUGAUUGAAUUCCGCCUGAUCCAACUCAUCCUGAUCUCUGUAGUCGUGUUGGUUUAGACGAGUGUUUCACAAAUGACAUGAAUUCCACCUUAUCC